UUAUGCGAGUUAGUAGCAGAGGGACAAAUAUUUCCGUUAACUUUUGAAGUUUACUACAAUGGCGAGCUGUAUGAGAAAUUUGGUGUAGAAGGAAACCCCGUGAAGCAACUGCGUUUUAGUUCUAUGCAAGACCUGUCUCAUGGACAUUUUGAUGUUUAUUUGCCUUAUGAAGAUGAAUUGUCAACAUCCAUUUUUAAUUCAGUUAACUCUGAUAGAAUACCCAGCUUUGAGAAACGUACUAAAAAACGUUAUGCUAGAUUUACGAACACAAUUAGAAAAAAAAAGCUCUUACAAGCUGCUACUAAGUACCAACAAAAGAAUCCAGAAGUUCACAGAGCAGCAGCAGCUAAAUACCAACAAAAAAAUCCAGAAGUUAACAGAACAGCUGCAGCUAAGUACAAAAAAAAUAAUCCCGAGGUUCAUAGAGUAGCAGCAGCCCAUUACCAGCAAAAUCAUCCAGAGGUUCAUAGAGUAGCAGCAGCUCAUUACCAACAAAAUUAUCCAGAAGUUCACAGAGCAGUCGUUCGUAGAUAUGAGCAUAAAAAUCAAGGAAAACGAACAGAAAGACGAUUACUUCCAUGGAAGAUUAAAACUUUUUCCGGGAUGAAAUAUGACCCAAAGAUAGCUUAUGAAACCGAUAAAUUAGUAUCCCUGGGCACUAUGAGUCAUAAAUGCUUACACUGUAACACCCUCAAGUUUAAAAAAGAAGCACCUGGUAUGUGCUGUAGUACCGGUAAAGUGCAGCUUCCAGCUAUUUUGCCUCUACCUGAGCCGCUCAAUAGUUUGCUCAUGGCUGCAUCCUGAGCACAUUCAUUUUAUGGAUUUAUUGGUAUUAGGAAAUAUAAUGCUUGCUUCCAAAUGAUGUCUUUUGGAGCGAAACAAGUUAUAGAAGACGGAUUUAUGCCUACUUUCAAAGUGCAGGGUCAGGUGUAUCACUUAAUUGGUAGUCUGCAACCUUUACCUCAAAAAACCCCUCAAUUCUUACAAAUUUAUUUUGUUGGAGAGGAUGAGAGAGAGGCAAGUUUAAGAUGCAGCAUCUUCCCUGAUGUGAAAAAGAGUCUGAUAAAACAAUUACAGGCGAUGUUGCACUACUAUAACCCAUACUUAAAAGGUUUAAAAACUGCUCUUGAAAAAGUACCUCACAAUUGUAAAAACUUAGAAGUUGUAAUUCACGCUGAUAGGAAACCAGCCAAUGCUCAUAGAGGACGUUUUAAUGCACUGACGGCAAGCAAAGUAGCUCUGGUCAUAGUUGGACAGCAGUUUGAUAAAUGAGAUAUUGUAUUACAAAGUCAUGACAAUAAAUUACAACAUAUUAGUGAAGUUCACUGUUCGUACGAUGCAUUACAAUACCCGAUACUUUUCUGUCGAGGUGAGGAUGGUUACUCCAUUGACAUCUCCCACAUUGACCCGAAAACAAAGUUACCUCUUCGAAAAACCGUUUCUGCAAUGAGCUUUUAUUCUUACCACAUCAUGAUCAGAUAAACAGAAAUCAACCAUUUAUUAUAUUGUCGAUCUCUCUUCAGUCAAUACUUCGUUAAUAUAUAUGUAAAAAUUGAGACAGAGUGAUUAAAUUUUAUUAGAAACAACCAGGCGCAACUCCGAGUCGAUAGUUACAUACAUCUCAGAGAUGCUAUAGGAAUACAAGAUACCAAUGUUGCUCAGCUUGGUUAGAUGGUAGUGCUUCUGUCAUCUUUCACUAGGUCACCACGAUAUAUGCAUGAAAAGACUCAAGACGCCAUGACGUAUUAUGUUCGCUAUUACGGUCGUCCUGAUUUAUUCAUUACAUUUACAUGUAAUCCUCGAUGGAAUGAUAUUAAAAAUGCAUUACUAUCUGGACAAAAGCCUCAUGAUUGUCAUGAUAUCAUUGCUAGGGUAUUUCACUUAAAAGUUAAGGCAUUAGUGACUGCUGACA